AUGAACAUCAAGAAGAAGAGACAGCAGGCCAGUCAGCUCACCAUGGCGGAGGACACGCCCCCACAAGAGGAACCAGGUAGAAGGAGCACAAAAGGACAGCCUGGAAAGGAGACUCAGUCACCUGGUCAGUCCAGACAGGCGAGAGGAUUGCGUGGACGCUGGAUCGGGACAAGGAAACACUUUCAGACCUACCUUUCCAUGUGGUCUUGGUUCUUUUCCAAACGAACUGAACUUCGAUUCACUCUGAGAUUCCUCCGUCUGAAUAUAAAGCAGUCCAGGAGCAGAACAACUGAACCAAAACUGUCAUGGUGCCUCUGUCAGCCUCCUCCCCCUCUCCACUCUCCUGAUGAUCACCAGCUGCGACCACUCACCUCAUCACCUCACCUGUCUUUUAAGGAGCACCAGGAUCAUCACUCUUCGCCAGUCCGUUGCCCCAGAUGGAUUUUGUUACCACGAGUGGUCGUUGCUGUUUGCCUCUGCUGGAUCCCCACCUGGAUCUCCUCUCCACGGUCACACCACGAGCCUCUGCCUCCAUUCUCCGGUUCUACUCCCAAGACGGCUUUCUCCCUCUCCGAAGAACCAACCAGUGACGCCCCACCGCGACCUCCCACCUGGAGCCUACUUCUUCUCCUGCUCAAGCCGCCACCUCCUCAUAUCAUUAUUAAAUACUUCAUCCUUCACGUUCGUCUCCUGCUGUUUUCUUCUGGGUUCCAGCGUUUGGGUCGCUACGUGUUCUGUAGUCAUGACAAAAACGGCCACCAUAGUCGGUAG